CAUUGUUUGUUAUUGUGCGAUUUCUAACUGCAAUCUCUUUGCAUUUUAUUACAGAAAAUUGUAAAAUUAUACAAUGAACGUAAGUGAAGAAGAAGAAGAAAUAAAAAUCGAGUAUUUUGAGUCAUUUGAAACAGAUCCAUUGUGCGAAAACAUUGCGAAAUGCGACACAAACGUUACGAAACAAUCAAAUAUUCCCAAUGAAAAUAUAAAUCAACAAGAAAUGAUAAAUACUAUAAGCGAUUGCCGGGAAAAACAUGAAUAUCAUGUAAAUAAUAAUCAAAAUAUUUUCCCUGUGGACAGCAAAGCUGAAGACACAUGGUACAAGUGCAUAGAUAGUCAAGGACGAUACCUCUGUAAAUUCUGUGAUAAUUCAUAUUCAACUAUCCAAACUGUCCGACACCACGUCAAGACUAAACACUGUGAUAAAUGGAAUGAAAUGAAAAGUACUGGAAUACUGAAACUAAGAAGACGUAAACUUAAAUGCCAUAUAUGCAAGAAACUGUUUAAAAACAUGCUCAACUUACAAGAGCAUACAAAAUCUCAUGGCGUUGAAAAUAUACAAAAAUCUUGCUUUAUAUGCCAUGCAACAUUUAACAACGAUACAGAAAUUUUAACUCACUUGGUCAACGAACAUGAAUCCGUUAAACGGAAACUUCAUCACUGCAGUUUAUGCGGUUACUCUACUCCUAAAUUAUCUCAUUUUAAACAACAUGAGAAAACCCAUUUAGAUGUUAAACAAAUAAAGUGUUCUAAAUGUGAUUAUACAACGUACCAUACUUCAAAUAUGAAGAUACAUGAGCGGAUACACUUGAACGAUAAACCGUAUACUUGUUUGUUUCCGGAUUGUGGGUACCAAUGUGCAACGAAGUCUGGACUAUCCAGUCAUGAGUUGCAACAUGGGAAGGAACGGAAGUUUAUUUAUUGUGAUAAGUGCAAUUACAAGACUGUGUAUAAACAAAGUUUGAAAAAACAUAUUGAUAGUCAUCGGAGGAAUAGUUUGAAAUCUAAGUUCUAGAUUGUGUAUGUGAACUUGUAUAUUUGUACCACACUUUAAAAAAAUCAUUGAU